UUAGACCUCGAAGAAAGUGGGGGAUUCCGAUUUCUAAGGGAAACAUGGAACGCAACACCGACAGGCACUAUGGCGUUUGAAUGAGAAGCUAGCUUGUUUAGCAUGACCUAGCUAGGCUUUGUAGUUUAUCAUUGUAAAGACGUUAUGUUAGUAACAACUAAGACAGAAGCGUUGCCGCUAAUAAAACUAUUCAACUAAAUGCCCGGCGACCCGUCCGCGGGUUGGUUUGGCUUAUCCUUUUUUAACGAUACUCCUAAAUUAACUAAGCUAGCUGCUAAAGGGCCUUGAAUCCGCGGUACUAGCGUAAACCACUACCGGGGAUUGAGGUCGCAUUGUGCGGACGUUCGGUAUCAUCAUUACCGGUGAGAAGCACUUAUAUUACAGCUAAAUAUGUCCCACACCGGACCCCCUCCUCGGUGGCGAAAUUGUCCCAGAAGAGGGCAACCAGUAGCAGGUAAAUUCUUGCCAAUGAAAACCAUGCUGGGUUCCACAUUUGAUGACCAGGUUGCAGAGGAAAACCGGUUUUACCCGAGCAUGCUGUCCAAUUACUUGAAGAGUCUAAAUGUUAAAAUGGGUUUGCUUGUGGAUUUGACGAACACAACUCGCUUUUAUGACCGCAACGACAUUGAAAAAGAAGGAAUCAAGUAUGUGAAGCUUCAGUGUAAAGGUCAUGGAGAAUGUCCCUCCAAAGAAACGACAGCUAUGUUCAUCCGCAUCUGUGAACACUUUCUGGAGAAAAAUUCCACAGACCUAAUGGGUGUCCACUGCACGCACGGUUUUAAUCGGACAGGCUUUUUGAUAUGUGCCUACCUGGUGGAGAAGAUGGACUGGAGCGUGGAAGCAGCCGUUGCGGCUUUUGCACAAGCACGGGCCCCUGGGAUCUACAAGGGCGACUACCUCAAAGAGCUUUUUCGUCGCUAUGGAGACGAGGAGGACGCACCCCCGGCCCCUGUGCUACCCGACUGGUGCUUCGAGGACGAAGAGGAAGUGGACGAUGACGGUAACGCCUUGGGCCAAGAGUCUGGGCCGAGCUCUUCCGGGUCAACAGCCGGCAAACGGAGGAAAGAGAAGCUCAAACUGGGCGCAGUAUUCCUUGAAGGUGUCACAGUGAAAGGCGUCACACAGGUCACCGCACAGCCCAAACUAGGCGACAUUCAAAGAAUGUGUCAGAAGAUGGCCGAUUGGAAAGAUUCUGGCUUUCCUGGUGCACAGCCCGUAUCGAUGGAUAAACAAAACCUUUCUUUCCUGGAGCAAAAACCAUACAAAGUCAGCUGGAAAGCUGAUGGAACACGGUACAUGAUGCUGAUCAAUGGAAAAAAUGAAGUAUUCAUGAUUGACAGAGACAAUACGGCCUUUCACAUAGCCAAUCUUGAGUUUCCUUUCUAUAAAGAUCCACGGGUUCAUCUAUCAAACACUCUGCUGGACGGGGAGAUGAUUAUUGACAAGGUGAAUGGCCAGCCCGUCCCACGCUAUUUGAUAUACGACAUCAUCAAAUUCAAUGGUCAACCUGUGGGUCAGUGUGACUUCAAUAUCCGGUUGUUAUGCAUCGAAAAAGAGAUCAUUUCUCCGCGAAUGCAAAAGAUGAAGAACGGACAGAUUGACAAGACGAAAGAGCCCUUCAGCGUCCGGAAUAAGCCCUUCUUUGACAUUCAAGCAGCACGCAAGCUCCUGGAAGGCAGCUUCACAUCCCAAGUCAGCCAUGAAGUCGAUGGCCUUAUCUUUCAGCCAUGUGGGAAAUACAAAGCCGGAAGGUGUGAUGACAUCCUCAAAUGGAAGCCUCCGAAUCUCAAUUCAGUGGACUUUCGCCUCAAGAUAACGACAGUCGGAGGAGAAGGGCUGCUGCCAGAGACUGUCGGCUUGCUUUACGUUGGCAACUACGGAAGGCCCUUUGCGCAGAUGAAGGCCACUAAAGAGCUCAAAGUGUUCGACAACAAGAUCAUCGAGUGCAACUUCGCCAACAACACCUGGGUGUUCAUGAGGCAGAGGAUUGACAAGAGCUUCCCCAACUCUUACGACACAGCCAUGGCUGUAUGUAAAAGCAUCCAGGAACCGGUCACCAAGGACAUCCUGUUGGAGUUUGUGGACCGUUGUUCUCCAGCACCCUCGACCCAGACCCGCAAACACCAAAAGGACGCCGAUACGGAGCUAAUGCCCCCUCCCCCUCCAAAAAAACCGAAUCGGUCUAUCCAAUAACCCCAAAACUCACCUGGGCCACUCUGGACUUUCGUACAGCAACUGUCCAUCCACAUGAUCAUGGAAACUGAUAUUUCCAGUCCAUCUGAAUCACGUAAUUGUAUCAUUACCUUUCAUUUCCGUCUUUGUAGAUUUAUUUGCUGGUGUUCUUAUUAAAAUACAA